AUGGAGGCCUCACCCAAUCGGAUGAGAGAGAAGUCACAUGACAAGAAGUGGGAGGAGUCACCGGAAAGGUUGGCUGGGGAUAGAGAGACAGAGAAGGUUAAAGGAGAAGUGGAGGACAGGGGGAAGAGAGAUACCGAGAGAGAGGAGAGGUCCAGUCAAGGCCGAGAUAGGACAUCUCGCGAUAAAGGCGACCCUACACUGACAAAGAAAAAGGACAAAAAAUUAAAAAAGUCUCACAAAGAAAAAUCCAAAGAAGAGGAAAAAGUAGAGGAACAUAAAGACAAGAAAGAGAAAGUGGAGCCGAGAAAGGAGAGCAGAAAACGAGGGCAUGAUGAUAAAGACCGAUCAGUGUCACCUGCACCCAGAAGGGAAGCUGACCUAUCUCCCACCCCCUCUACAAAGAGGGUCAGGGACAUAUCCCCUACCCCCUCCACAAAAAAGGCCAGGGAUUUAUCCCCCACCCCAUCAACGAAGAAGGCUAGGGAAAUAUCCCCAACCCCUUCUACUAAAAGGAGCAGGGAAUUGUCACCAGCAGAAUCCCAUCGAAGCAAGAGAGAGGUGUCACCAACUCUUUCUCACAGAAGUAAGUCCAGUGCUGUGGCUCCUGUAGAGAAGUUGUCAACCAAGGGGGGAGAGGAGGAGGAGAAAUCAAGGUCACGGGACUGGGACCGAGGCAGUGAGAAGUCCGACAGGAAGGGGAGGGAGAGACACGCCUCUAGUCCCUUCUCAGUUGAAGAAGACAGAAGGUCAAGGAUCUCCAAGAGGUCAAGGUCACCUGAGGUCAGAGGGGAUCAGCGAGAUCAAGACAGAAGAAAGAAAAGGAGAACGGAUAAGGAAGAUGACAGAAAAAGUAGUGACAAACCUAAAGAAGAGGACCGCAAAUCAGUCAGCAGACGAUCUCAGGGCUGCCAGCCAGAUAACAAGCACAGUGAUUGGUCAGAGGAUUCAGAGGAAGUCCCCAAAACAGCAGACAACACAGAGAAAGAGCAGGUGGCAUCUGCAUUACCAGAACAUCUCCAAACUCGCCGACAGAGAAGUCAGAGUCGUAGCAGCAUAGGCAGCACCGGGCGCAGCAGUCACCGUGACAACCGAAGCAGACGAUCCUCGUUUGACCGCGGUAGACGUGACCGCUCACCAGACAACAGAACCUCUAGUCGUCCCAGCAGCAAAGAAAGGUCAAGCAAAGCAAGAGCGAGCUCUAUAGAAGACAGAGAAAAGGAGAGGAGCAAAAGAGAGACUUCAGAGAGCAAAACAGUGGCUCCACCCCUUAAAGAAGAAGACAAGAACGAUAUAGAUGAGGAGGAGAAUUCUGAUGACAAUUUGUCACUGGAGGAGAUAUCAAGUGAAGAGGGCAGUGUUAUUGGGGAAGAGGAAAAGAAACCCAGUAUAAUGGACAUAGUGGAUAUAGACUGGACAAGUCUGGUUCAGUCUUCACAACCUAAACCGGCCAGUACUGGUUCAGCUCUCCAGCGCUUCAGGGCACCCGCUAUCUUUGCCUCACUUGGUGUUUCCGAGGAGUUUGCUGGGGAGAAGCUGUUCCAAAAAAUUCAAAGUUCUUGUCAACAGGAGCUUGAGACUCAAAGAGAAAAAGAUUCAGGGACACCAUCAAAACCAGUUGUGUAUGAACUACAAGAUUCUCUUAAGAAAGUUCAGACAGAGAGAUCAACGGCAUUUUCCUCCAAAAAGGACAUCCUAGCCAAAAUCGGCAACUUCCGAAGGGCGCUGUGUGCCAGGAAAGAUAUCGAGAUCCGACGGAAACUCUGUAGAGAUGACAAAAACUUGGACCAAUCCUUCAAUCCUCCGAUACCAGACCAAGAGUUGUGUAAACUGAGUGCACAGCUACUGUCUCAGUGCGGCAACGUUUUCCCCGUGAAAAAGGAGGAGACAACUCCCCCAGCCAUUAAACCCGAAAUACAGUGUGCCUAAGGUUAGCAAGAGAUCAUGAG